AUGCGUCAGUUGAUUCUUACGUUGGGAUUUCCGUGGACGAUGCGGGUUAUUGCCUUGAUUCAGCUUGUAACAUUGGGUAUGGCGAAUGUUUGUUUGAGGCCGAGAACAAAGGUGGAGAAGACUACAAGCUGGGUCGACUGGACCGCGUUUGAAGACUUCCGGUUUAACAACUAUACCAUAUCAGUGUUCCUGUCCUUGCUGGGUCUGUAUAUCUCCAUUUUCUUCGUCGUCGACUUUUCGCAAACAUCAAUCUCGCCUCCAUUCUCAUACCAGAAGUCAAUGGAUCUUCUCUUGGUUUUUAACAGUGUCAACCUCAUCGGCCGUCUAGGCUCCGGAUUAGUGGCAGACAGACUGGGAGUUUUGAUGGUCUUCGUCCCUAUCCUUGGAGCAACAUCUCUUACUCUUCUCCUGUGGAUCCCAGUCAAAACAGCUCCAGGAAUGUAUACUUGGACAGUUUUCUGUGGAAUAUUCUCCGGUGGUAUCCAGAGUCUCUUCCCAGCUGGCCUUGCCUAUCUAACAGCAGGCACUGACAAACCUGGCACGCGAAUGGGAAUGGUCUUUGGUCUUGGAAGUAUUGCAAGCUUGAUUGGAUCGCCGAUUGGUGGAGCUCUCAUUGGAGCAAUGGAUGGAAAGUACCUGGGAGCACAGAUCUUUGCAGGUGUUACGAUGGCCUUUUCUGCGUUAUUUCUUGAAGCUACUAGAAGAGCGGAUAAGGCAAGAGUAAAGAAUUUAGAAGUUUAG